AUGCCCCUGGCUUUUGUUAAUCCAGGCACUCCGUUAGAAGGCGCUUCUACCAAGGAUUAUGUUUACUGGAAGAAAAAGCGUGUUUUGUCUUUAGGCACAGCUUGCUCUAUCGCCAUUAUUGUAAAUAACUAUGAGCAUUACCAAAGUAUACAACUCGAUCAAAGUGUCUCUGCCAUUGCGUUAAAUCGUCGUGGUGCAGCCUUGGCAGUAUCGUAUUCGGACUUCGUAACUGUGUACUUGCCAGAUGAGCAAUGGCAUUGGGAACACUAUCUUACAUAUAAGGUGUCUGGCAAUAGUUGUAUUCAGACUCUAUCCUGGGGAUAUAAUUUAGACCUUUUAGUCUGUACAAACAAAAACUUAUGCAUCCUUGAUUUUUCUGAUGAGCAAGUCCGUGUACUGUGGUCCUUGGAUUCAGCAUCAGGCAUCCCUUUUGUUGGAUCAAGUCUAUCGUCCGAUGCUUGUUACAUCGCAUCUGUUGAAAAAAGCAAUCCUUUGGCUAAAGUCUGGUUAAGAUCAUCUCCUCAAGGAACCGUAACGUCGUUAUACGAUUUUAGUUAUCUUCCUCAUCCAGUACCCAUACGGUUUUACUCGUGGUCUAGACCAUUACAUCCAGAUUCUAGCAGUUCUCUCCCUUUUUUUUACACAGUUGGUUUUGAUCAUGUUUUGCGCAUAUGGCAGACCGGUAGCCGAUUUGGCUCGCAGCUCAUGCAUCUUUCAUGUUGUUUAGAUUUGAAGGAAUAUACUGAUAAAAACUCAGCACCGUUUUGUUUUUUACUUGAAAGGGACGAUUUUACAGCUGCUUUGGCUCAUGCCAUUAGUCGCUACUCGGGCAAUUUGCCUGAUGACCCUGUUCUUCCAAAGCUGGUAGGUCUGGCCAAUUCACAUCCACAAUUGUUUUUCAUUUUUUCUGAUUCCAAAGUACACAUAUUUUCUUUCCACAUGGAUGAAGAUUGUCUUACGACUGCUAAACUUGUAAGGAGUGUUCCUGUCAGGUUUCCACGGAAUGCUUUACCACCGGAUGGAUUUCUUACGGUGUAUAGAACCAUAAAAGAAGAUGUAUACGAUUAUAAAUUUAUAAUUCGUUUUCAGGAUUUCGCCAACGAGUAUGCCUUUAAAUUAUCAGGUAUAUAUUCAGAUGAGGAGUUUGCGCUACAUACCACUCAAAUGUUCUAUGGACAUGACACUUCUAUAAAAACACUGGUUAGAACAUCAAAUGGACAUGGAAUUGCUUCUUGUGAUAAUCAACGCAUUUGCAUGCUACAAUCGUACUUAUCUAGUGAUAGUCAUAGGUCAUUGGUGCGACGAUCGAAACUCCGUUUAGAGGGAAAUGACUUUGUUUUACCGUUACAUGCCGGUGAAUAUGCAGUAACUGUUAAUAACUCCACUAUAAAACUUUGGCAUUGCGAUAACACGUUCGCUCCUGUAUUACUUUGUUCCAGUAGCAAAGUCCCUACUAGUGAAAUUAUCACAUUUUUUAUUUUGCCUGUGCAAAAAAACCGUAUUUCUGUGUUGUGUGCACUAACAGAAGGUGGUCAUGCUUGGUUUUAUAAUGUACUAUUAGAUAAUCAUGAAAGCUCAAAACUCGAGUUUCUAGAUCGAGUAGGGUUUGCCCCUAAUGUUCACACUGCUUCCGCCGUUGAUGUUAUGGGGUGGUCCUCAACAUUAAGCCUAAGCAGUUUAGAAUCGUUCGAACGAGAAGUAUUUGUAUCAAUAUCUGAUGAUGGGUUGCUUCAGACCUGGAUGGCAAAAGUUUCAGGACCUUCGAAUGCAACCAUAUCCGAGUUUUCUAGAGUACAAACGAACAUCAAAUCCGCAGACAUGGUUAAGGGCUCCACUUCGAGAAAAGUAGCGGUGGUUUCAGAGAACCGGCUUCGCUUGUCUAUUUUUGAUACAGGGAGCUCUUUUUUUACCGCCAAUCAAGAAUUUACCAACACUUUUAAUAUUUAUGGACCAAUAAUAGAUUUAGAUUGGACUUCGACCCCCAACUCUCAUUCCAUCCUUGCUAUAGGUUUUCAGCAUGAUGUUAUCUUAUUAUGUCAAAACCGCCGAUCUUAUAUUAGCGAUGCUUCUUGUUGGGUACCUAUUCGACGUUAUAAUUUGAGUAUGUAUACGGACAUGCUUAUUAGUGAUUCUUCCUGGCUAGAUAAUGGUACCUUGGUCACUGCCGCCGGAAAUAAUUUAUUUUUUUUCAAAAGCAAGCUUCCUAAUAAUAAAUCUCUACUAUUUCCUUCCGCCCUAAAACGAACAGCAAAUAAUAUCUUUGAUCUUGCUUACCAACUGAAUGGUAUUUUACCGGUAUUUCACCCGCAAUUUUUGCAGCAGCUCUUGCUCAGAAACGAAGAAUACUUGGUUAGAAAAAUUCUAUUGCUGUUCUACAUUUCUUUAAAAAAUGAUCACCCUAUGCACUAUUUGUUGAAUAUGGAGUGUUCAGAGUUAUACGAACAUGAUGACGAAAAAUUAAUGAAUUCAUUCUAUGAAGCCUUAAUGAAAUAUGCCAAUGAAGUUAUAAUUAAGACGGACUUUUCUGGUGAGAAGCCAUCUGUUUCCGAAAAUCCCACGGCCUAUUUGGAUGCAUUUACUACAGACUUGUGUUACCUUUUGAAACACAAGAAAGUGAAAACUUUAACACGGUCUUCACAAUUUUAUCUACUCAAUGUGAUCGAGGCGUGUUGUAAAGCUGAUCAACUUCGAGAUUCAUUGGAUUUGAAUGGUAGAAGAUUUUGUAUUAUGCUGAACCAAUAUAUUUUAAACAAGUAUCAACGGCGAUCGAAUCGGUUUCCUACCCGUGAUGUUUUGUGGGCAUUUUACAGUACUAAUAAAAGUGUGUUGCUUGACUACACGGUAAAAGCUCAUGGGAAGACCCUGCUAUGGCCGGCCGUAGAGGAAUACGGAUUACCUUUUUGGCUAAAUCAACAAGCAUUAAAAAACGUCUUUGAGGAAUUGUCUAGAAACCACUAUGUUGAUAACGACGAUCGGGAUCCUGAGAAAGUUAGUUUAUACCAUAUAGCACUUGGCAAGCUAUCAGUUUUACGAAAACUUUGGAGCUUGGCUGGCUGGAGUAAAGAAUCGAGACCUACGGUGAAAUUCCUCUCAAAUGAUUUCACACAGAACCGAUGGAAGAUUGCAGCAUCCAAGAAUGCAUUUGCGCUUUUGAGUAAGCAUCGCUACUUUUAUGCAGCCGCAUUCUUUCUUCUGGCAGACAGUCCGUAUGAUGCAGCUAAAGUUUGCAUUCGCAAUUUGCAUAGUUUAUCACUAGCUGUGGCUGUGGUGCGAACGUAUGAAGGGAAUGGGAAAAGCUGUUUAAAAAGAAUUAUCGAAGAGUUUGUAUUGCCCUCAGCAGCAUAUUACAAUGAUCGUUGGCUUGCAAAUUGGGGUUUCGCGAUGUUAAAUGACAAACUGAAAUCAAUCAAAAGUCUGCUUGUUCCACUACGAUCGCUCAUUGAAGUUGACAACGAUUUGAUAGAGUCCUUUGAGAUGGACAACCAUGUAGGUGAGACGCACGGAGGGACAGAGAUCGCAGAAGAGAGUCAUGGAAAAGCCAAGAAUGAGUAUACGUCGGAUGAUCCUGCAUUAAUUCUACUGUACGACUUUCUGCGAGGCGACGUACUGCAAAGGGACCAAAUGCUCGAAUAUCGAUUUGUCCUCAAUAGCGCUCGUGUCUAUAAUGAAAUGGGAUGCGACGUAAUUGCUCUUGACUUGCUACGCAAUUGGAAAUUUGAAUUUCCUUCAAGUCUUCCUAGUAGGGAGCCAAUCGAGGAAGAAGCUACGAGCAAAGAAGAACCUGAAGCAAUAGCCACAGAAAACAAGACUACAAUAAUGGGCCAAGAGCUUAAACCAGCGCCGGCAGAAGUACCAGAAUUUGAUGAAUCAUUUUUCUUUUAA